CUCGUGUCUCAUCUUAUUCGAUACUACCCGCUGGAUUUAGGGCUCGUUACAGUGGACUUGGUACAGUUUGUUGUAAUUUGAUCAUGUCACAUGUCAAUUUGUCGAGCAUUAGUGUAUUUCUACUCACCUGGGCAUGUCACUGCCGCCCCAGUUGCGAGCAUCGUUGAGUCCCGUAGAACUCGAAUUCAUAGCUUGCAGUCAUGAGACGAUUGAGAUCGUCCCAUUGUUCAGCAUGGAUCGGAUCCGUCUCAUUUCGGGUAUAUAUGGCCCUUUCGUCCCACCGACAAAAACGCGGGUUCCGCUUUGGUUGGCAGCGCACUUGAAGCUCAAAAUGAAAUGCCGAAUAAUUCCCCCGGAAUGGCUUUCUGUAGACUAUCUGAAGGCAAAAGUGGAAGAGGAGAUAUUGAAUCCUGAGCUGUUUACCGAUAUUCCGUUUCAUUACUCUGAAAUAGCUAAAGUUCUCCUCGACAUGUGCGUUGCGACUCCAUAUCGAAUCCCCCAGCCCGUUCAAGAAUCCAUAUUGUCUUUAUACAGAGCCUCAGACAACAUUCAAUCACCAGACAAGAUUCGAUCCUCGCUGAAAGACCUUCGAGAGGCAAGGCAGGCCAAACUUCGGAACAAUUUGGGGAGUAUUGACUUCGCCAUUAUAGUGGAUGUAAAUCCCGCGCCGUUCUUUUUUGUUGCGUCAUCUCUCACAUUUCGAAUUUCAUAGCUCCCUAAUCUCUCGUCUAUGGAAAUUAACGAAAUCCGCCCUCAUUUCACGAAAGCCAUGAGCAUGAUGAAUGGAUUGACACCCCCUGCCUCUAGCAAGCC